UCAUCAGGGAUUCAUUAAGAAAGAAUUCAACAUCGAUAAUAAAAAAAUGCAGAAAUUAUCCUCGCCGGAAUCCCAAUUUCCGGCCGAAGGUUUGUUCGAUGAAACCACCGUCCUUGACGUUGAAUACUUCAUCAAGACACUUUCCGGCAUCAUAGACAAAGGAGUCCGACCCGAUUUAAUCGGAUCCAUCAUCACCCACUACGCAUCUAAAUGGCUACCGGACCUCUCAUCUUCCGUCGCCGGCAACCAGGAUUCAUCGCCGGCAGAGAGUCCGACGAACACAUGGAUGAAGAAGAGAGCAUUUGUGGAGAAACUAGUCGGAAUACUUCCACAAGAGAAAGACGCCGUCCCUUGCAAUUUCCUCCUCCGGCUACUCCGAGCAGCUAAUAUGGUGGAAGCCGGUUUGAACUAUAGAGACGAACUGGAAAAGAGAGUGGCUUGUCAGCUUGACCAGGCUUCACUCAAUGAGCUCAUGAUUCCUUCUUAUAAUCACACUUGUGAGACUCUGCUUGACGUGGACCUUGUUAUUCGGAUUGUUAGAAACUAUGUCGGGUCGGGUAGCGGCGGCGGCUCGUUGAUUAAGGUGGCUAAGCUGAUUGAUUCUUAUUUGGCUGAAGUUGCUGUUGAUUCUAAUCUACUGUUACCGGACUUUAUAACCUUGGCCGGAGCUCUACCGGAGCAUUCACGUUCAUUAAACGAUGGGUUGUAUCGUGCCAUUGACACAUACCUUAAAGCACAUCCAAGUUUAUCAAAGGAAGAAAGGAAGAGACUAUGUCGAUUACUUGACAGCCGGAAACUCUCGCCGGAAGCCACCCUCCACGCCACCCAUAACUACCGGCUGCCGGUUCGAGCAAUAAUCCAAAUCCUCCUAUCAGAGCAAACUAAGCUGACCCGACAAAUUGAUUGGAGUGGGUCAUUCAGCGGUACACGUAGCCCUAAUAUGUGUCAACUAGAGGGUCCGGGUGCGGGUCCGGGUCGUUGCCAAUCGAAAAGGGAAUCGAUUGCACAACAGAUGGAGAUAAAGAAGCUUCGAGAAGAUAUGUUGAGGUUACAGAAGACUUGUAUUUCUAUUCAAGCUCAAAUGGAGAAGCUUUUAGAGAAGAAGAAAGGAUCUUCGUCGUACUUUUCUCAUUGGAAAAAGCUCGGGUCGGUUGCGGCGGUGUUCAGGGGUCGGGUUGAGGAAGGUGAUGGUGAACGUGAAUUUGGGCGACGGGCGCCAUCGGAUAUGAAGAUGAAGGUUGCUAAGCCGGUUAGAACACCUCAUAAGUGGAGGAAAUCUGUCUCUUGAUUAAUUAACGGUUCAAUUACCCUUUUAAUUACAUUCAAUUUCCUUUUAAUUUUGUUAUAUUUGGCUAAAAACAUAAGAA